AUGCAUACAGCAUUGAAGCUUAACAAAGCGAUCCGUGAGAAGUCAGGUGACAGUCAGUUGAUCGUCGUGAACCUUCCGCGACCCCCAAAGAUGAGGACUGGCCUUCCGAACUAUUUAGAGUACCUGGAUGUACUGACCGAAGGCUUGGAGCGGGUUCUGCUGGUACGCGGUAGCGGCAAAGAGGUUAUCACCAUUUAUUCAUGACG